AUGGCAACUUUGAUUCAAUCUAGGCAAUCUUACGACUACGAGGACCAGGAAAAUGACCUUUCCAACCCACUGCUGAAUCCUCAGGUCGACAGAGUGGUCCAGUCCGUGACAAACGCCACGAAAAGACUCUCUCAAAUAUCGACAAACACGUCCACGUCUUCAAAAAAGAGGAAAGCUCAAAACAGAAUUGGACCUUGGAAAUUGGGCAGAACUCUUGGAAGAGGUUCUACUGGUAGAGUCAGAUUGGCCAAAAAUGUAAAUACGGGGCAAUUAGCAGCUGUUAAGAUCGUCCCUAAAUCAAACUUCAAGAAAUUGGAGAAUCCCAAAUACAAAAGAUCAACAUUAAUGGAAAACGGGAAGGAUAGAUUACCUUACGGCAUUGAAAGAGAAAUUAUCAUAAUGAAGUUAAUAUCGCAUCCAAACAUUAUGGGACUCUACGACGUCUGGGAGAAUAAAAACGAUUUGUACUUGAUUUUGGAAUACAUUGAAGGUGGAGAACUUUUCGAUUAUCUCAUUAAACGUGGGAAAUUGCAAGAGUUUGAAGCUGUCAACUACUUCAAGCAGAUUAUCCAUGGGAUAAACUAUUUGCAUCAAUUCAACAUUUGUCAUCGAGAUUUGAAACCUGAAAAUUUAUUAUUGGACUUCAAUAAGAACAUAAAGAUUGCUGAUUUUGGUAUGGCAGCGUUAGAAGUUAAGGAGAAGCUCUUAGAGACUUCAUGUGGUUCACCCCAUUAUGCAUCACCUGAAAUUGUUGCUGGUAAAAAUUAUCAUGGUGCUCCCUCUGACAUCUGGUCUUGUGGUAUAAUAUUGUUUGCAUUAUUGACCGGCCACUUACCAUUCGAUGAUGAAAACAUCCGUAAGUUGUUAUUAAAGGUACAAAAUGGGAAGUUUGUCAUGCCUCCUGAUUUAUCGUGGGAGGCUAAAGAUCUAAUCAGCAAAAUGUUAAAGGUGAACCCAAUGGAUAGAAUUACCAUUGACCACAUUUUAACUCAUCCUUUAUUAACUAGAUAUCCGGAACCAUCUACUAUCAAGGGAUUUAAAAAUCAUUUAAGUGCCACUUCGAGCUACAUUAACUAUGCUAAUCCAGUUUCAAACUCCUUGGAUAAUAUUGAUAAGGAGAUUUUGAAAAACUUGACUGUCUUAUUCCAUAAUUGUAGCGAACAAACUAUAGUUUCUAAGUUACUAUCUAGUAAAUCAUGCUCCGAGAAGAUUUUCUAUUAUCUAUUAAUGAAAUAUAGAAACGAGCACACUGGUAAUGGUAAAUCUUACUAUGAUGAUAACGAAACUGAUUUUAUGACAGGAAGUGAAAGCAAACAAACGUUACCUAGAUCACAAUCUAUUGUUAAAACUAUUACUGUUGACGAAGUUACGGGAGAGAGACACACAACAAUUAAAACAAUACAUCACCAACCUCAGCAUCUUCCCAAACUACCUAAACUGGCAUCUAUUUAUAGUCAAUCCACUCCAAAAAGAAGCAAAUCCAACAGGAACAGGAAAGAAAAGCCUUCCAGCAAUGGAGGUAAAGUUUUAGGGAACAUUACAAACACCGUUGCAUCAUCAUCACAAUUUCACCACCCAACAGCAUCCACAUCUAUCACAAAGAAGAAGGCUACUAUCAAGCAGUCUGUCAGAUCUAGAAACAAUUCAUCUAAAUCACUUUCCUCUAAAGUUAAGAAGCAUUCACCUCCUCAACAACAACCUCCAACACCUCAUUUCAAAAGAAAUCAGGAUGGACUCAUUGAAUUAGAAAGACCAACCAAGGGAUCAAGGUCUUCAUCCAAUGCAAGUUCCCCAGUGACUAGUUUAACCAAUAGAAGAAAUCAAGUCGUGAAUGGUGGUAAUAAAUCUUUGCUUAAUUUCGAAUUAAUAUGCCAGGAAGUAUUUGGCGAGAAUAAAGCCGAAGACGAAGGUAUAUAUGACGAUAAUAAAGCUAAAUUACAAAGAGAACGUGAAAGAGAAAGGAAAAGGCAAGAGGAAGAUCGUGAAAGGGAAAGGAGAAGAGAAGAAGAAAGUGAAAGGGAAAGGGAGUCACAAAGGGAAAAAGUAAGGUUAAUGGAACAGGAAAGGAAAAGAGAAUAUCAACUUGAACGUGAACAAAAGAGGCAGCAGCAAAUAGAAAUUGAACAGGAACAAUUUCGGGAACAGGAGCGUAAAUUAAGAAAUCAAAAGUCAAUGGAAGAAGAGCAAUUAGAGCAAUCUAUGCUUUUACGAGAAAAACAAAAACAAGCUGCAAAAAGACUCCUGCAACAUAAUUCUAACUACGAUUUUACCGAUCAAGUGAAAGCUCCCUCCAAGCGUCAUGUCACCGAACCUACACCGAUAAUGACUCCAUCGUCUUUAGAUCCAAGAGGUGGCCCAGGAUCACUUCUUCGAGCCAAAUCGUUGGCCAACUCACAAAGAGGACCAAAGGCCAUUAACCAAAAUACUGCCUUGGUUUUACAAAGAUUAGGAAUUGAUGUUAAACCUACUACGGAGUCCACUAAGAAUUUUUAUCUUCCUCCACCUGGUCCUAAAAUAAAUCAUUCUUUGAAAACUUCCUCUUCUAAAAAUUUAGCAUUAUAUCUACACCAGGAUGAAACCAAGAAAGAGGGAAAAGAUAAUAACAAGGAAAACUUUACAAUCAAUAAAUUCAAUGAGCAAGAAAGAAGCUCAAAGCCAAUGUCAUCUUCUUCAUUACCUAGGCCAACUCCAAGAAAGCCUAUUUAUAAAUCAAUGCUUGGGGAAAUAGACGAAAACAAGGUUCAGAAGAAGGUCACUCUGGUUAACAAUGAUUAUGAUACCUCUAUGACAUCUUCGAAGGCUGCUGAUAAUUCUAGUAUAAUGACUCGUAGGAGUGGCCUUAUACCUAACCCAAGAUUUUCGAGAUUCUCCUUCAAUGGGUUGUUGAAUGAUAGCUUUGAUGGACAGCUGCAUAUUGAGUCUAACAAGUUCGCAAACCCUAACAUAAGAUUGGGCAAAGGCGAUGGCUUAUUGAAAAAGUCCUCAACUACCAAUUUGAAUGGCUUGGGGAUAAACGUAAAAUCUCAAAAGGAAAACCAGAUGUCCGGAUUUUCAUCGAUUCUCGAUGAAGAUAACUUCGCCAGUAAGCAAACUAUAUCAGUAGAUGAUGAAGCCAGCUCAACAGUAUUUGAUUCAAACUCACUUGAAGAUUUCCACCAUACAUCUACCAUUCUUGAGUCUGAGUUUUCUAACUUUGAUCUUAUAAGCACACACACUGCGGACAUCAUUACAGUGAGCAAAAACCAUAAACCUAAUUUAAUUGAAGGUAUCCUGGAAGAUAGUUCUCGGGAAACUUUAGUUGUUCAUCCACACCCAACUGAACAGUCCUCGAUCUCUCAAUUAUCUAGCCAAGAUGAACAACGUCAUAAAGCAAAUGCUCCCCGUAGAAUUGGCACUGUUUCAAAAAGAGAUAAUCCUGUUGACACUUCAUUCCAAGAAUCAAUUGAAUCUAUGUAUAAGGGAUAUGAAAAUUUUGUUAGUGACAAGCCUACUCAUAAGAAGUCAUCUACAAAAGCCUCAGUAUCAGACUUUAAUUCUAUGCAAAAGCGUCAUGCUCUGAGACAUUUGGUUAGCAGCGGCAGCGAAGAGUUUGAAGAUACUUCUGUUGAAGGCUCUGAAAGAAGAUAUUCCUUCAACGCUCGUGUUAAUAGUAAUAUCGAUAUCUUAGAUUCAUCUUCAUUUUUGGAGGGUAAGGAAUAUCGUGGAGACAUAUCUAAUUCCUUCGAUGAUGAAGAGAGAGAUGAUGAUGAUGAAUAUGAUGCCACAGAUGAUGAAGUUGAUGUUUCAGAAAAGCCCAUUAACACGAGUAGGGUAAGAUCAGAAUUGGAAGACUCGUUCAAUUCGAGAGGUUCAACUCAAAUAUUUAGCACUUUACAUCUUGCUCCAUUAAGACAAACUUCUUUGCAAAGAGCACAAGCUCAACAGGAGGAAGAUUUGAGAGCAAUCGAAGAGGCUGAAACUGAUCCAGUUGAAAUAGAGAAAAGGAAAACCAUGGCUAAACAUGGCGUUGUUGGUACAAUGAUCUUGCCACCAGAUGAAGAUGAAAUAUAUUACCAAGAUGAGAUGCACCCAGAAGAAGAUGACAUCAAUGGGCUUUCCGUUUCGAGGCAAAACUCAUUAUUUAGAAGAUUUUCCUUGAAACCAAAGAGAACUGCUCCAAAACCUCCUCCAGUUUAUCCAAUUGAAGGAAAUACAUCCAAACCACAAGUGGAUAACAAUAACUAUAACAAAUUCUCGAAGCUUCCACUUCCUACAUCUGCGCCUAUCAGCAAAAAACCAUCUAUUGAAGUUGCUGCUGAAGCGAUGUUCUCCAAGAAGGACGGUUGGUUCAAAAGAUUGAUGACAGGAAUUCACACAUCCACAUCCAAAGCCAAAUCGGAAACGAAGAGAUUAUCGAUGAACAAAGGACAAGAUAUUUACGUUGAAGAUAGACAUGGAGAUAAAAACGUCCAUGUGAUUGAUUCUAUUCUAAUUGCAACGGACAUCUCAAGGAUCAUUAAGAAUACUUUACAAUUGAAGAAAGUCGAAGGUUCAGUGGAGAGAGUUGUUUUCGAUGACGAAUUUGGAAUUUUUACUGGAACUAUCCCAACUAAAUUUGCUGGAGGUCGUAAAUUGAAAUUCAAGAUUGAAGUUAUUGAUUUAAUUAAUUCUUCCUCAUUACAUAUAAUUAGAGAAAAGGGGCCAGAGAAGGGUUUCAAGACAUUUGUUAACGUCGUUGAAUACAUAAUUCAACAAGAAGAGCAAGCAGUAAAAAGCAGAAAGUCUGGCAAUACCCAAAAUAAUAAUACCCACAAUUACUCCUUUUCUGGAUACAAAAGUUGA